AUGAGUGCGAUAUAAAAACAGAAGCAAAAACGAAAAUAUACAGGUAGGGGGGGGAAUCAUUUCGUGUGUGAAAUGGGUAGGGUAUUGGAUAGGCGGGGGAGCUAACUAAGCAUGAUGAUGUGCGCGAAGAUGGGAGAAUGCCGACGAGGUAACCGUUUACAACUCCUCCUUGACUUCGAUCUUGCCCUCGGCGCUUCCGGGAGAGUACAUACGGUCCUUGAUGGGCUGCACGUAUUGCUCGUGGAUACGGUCGACGAAACCCUUGCCCUCAGCUUCGGCAGCAACGUUGGUUGCCUUGGCGCCGGCGGACUUUACCGACGCGGAUGCGGCCUUGGCGUUGGCAGCGGCGACGUUAGUUGCCUUGGAGGCAGCUUCAGAGGUCCUGUCAACAACGGUUUUGGCACCAGUGCCCUCGUAAACCCAUUCGGCGGCCUCGCCGCUCAACUUCAACACACGGCCGAAACCACGGGACUCGCCCUUGAGCUUGGGGACAAAGACGGAAACGACACCGGCGUCGAGCUUGGCGUCGGCGUUCUCCUCAUCGGCGUCGGAGGGGAAGCUGAAAGAGGCGUCGUAGAAGCGGGGAAUGCAGAGAGGGCUGGGCUUGGUGGUUCCGGGGACGUUGGGGCACUUGCGCUCACCCUUGAUGCGAAGGGGUGGUGGUGUAACCGACAUCGGAGGCGAUCUCAUCGAAAGCACGGAGGAGCUCGUUCACGACACCAGAGUUCUGCACGUCAUCAGCGGUGGCCUUGGCGGUCGCGACGGGGUGGGAGUUUGUGACUGCGUCGGCGCCCUUGGAAGCGCUGUAUGCGAUGUGGUUGUACUUGUCUUGCAGUGCAAGGCGAAAGCGUUCCGUUGCUGAUGGCGCAACAG